UCACAGUCGCACGUCCCAUACGGUCGUUGACACACAUCCAAAGUAUAUGUUUGUAUAAUAAUAUUUGUAUUAUACUAUUAUUAUUAUAUUGCGUUCCGUAUUGCCAUUUCGUUGUGAUCGGUAUUUAUAUUAUAAAAAAACGCGGUCGGUCGGUGCGAUAAAUAAUAAUUUUGUUUUUUUUUUUUUAAAUCUCCAAGGCCCGCAAAAGGAAAUCCGCCACGACCGUCGUUUUUUUUAUCUCAGUUCCGAUGGGUUUACAUUCGGAACUGUAUUUAAAUAAUAAUAAUAAUAAUAUAAUAUUAUCGUAAACGGUUACCGCCAAAACGACGAGUUUCGCUAUCAGUGCGCCCAAAAAAAUCCAGGUUUGAGGUUGUGCAUCUUAUCCGAGGAGUUUGCAAGGAAAACUGUGAAAACUGAAAAUUCCAAAAACCUAGUACGCUUAUGGAAAGCGUUUUGCGUCGAAUCCCCACAAAGAUUUUGAAAUAAAAUAUCAUGAGCAAUCCGAGCGACGAAGACACGAGCUGCGGGUUAUGGAUAUUCAAACCCAAAUGGCUGCAAGUAUUCGCCAGCAAAAAGGCGUACGUCAUCAUGUACGGCCUGUUGGGAUUCAACCAGUGCAUAUUGAGCUCUUAUUUCAACGGCACGCUGACCACGAUGGAAAAAAGAUUCAAAUACUCCAGUCAGAUGAGCGGCAUCAUUUCCAGCACGUGGGAUCUUUUUUCGCUCAUGUCGUUCAUGGUGGUGUCGCACAUAGGCGGCAAAGGGCACCGAGCUCGGUGGUUGGCCUACGGGUCCAUGCUGGUCGGCAUAUCCUGUUUCAUUCGUCUGGUGCCGCAUUUGAUUUACGGUCCGGGCGUGGAAGUUCUGAAAUACACCAAAGAAUACGGCGAGGGUGUAAACUCCACGUCGGCGAUAAUGAACUUGGCGAGUAACAACAACAAAAUGUGCGACGCAAAUGUUUUCACCGAGGACUGCGAGAACAAAGAAUUCUGGAACAUGGCAGCCCUGAUACUUUGUGCGGCACACGCGGUAAUCGGCUUAGGAAGCUCUGUGUAUUGGACGUGCGGUACGGCGUACUUGGACGAUAACGUUCGGAAAAACUCAUUUCCCGUUUUACUGGCAAUCGUUCAGUGUAUUCGUAUGAUGGGACCUGCCUUGGGAUACGCCUUAGCAGCGUACACUCUGACUAUAUUCAUAGAACCCACAUUAACGCCCACAAUCGAUAACGACAAUCCGAGGUGGAUAGGGGCCUGGUGGAUGGGCUGGGCACCCAUUGGAGCUAUUUGUAUAGUUUGUGCAAGUCUAACCUUGCUGUUCCCGAGGUCAUUACCUAGAGCUGUAGCUCGCAAUAAAGACCAAUCGACCAAUGGCAAAAAAGAAUUGUUGCCAACUGAUUUUAAAACGUCGAUGAAAAGGAUAUUAAGCAACAAGAUAUUGGUGUUGAAUUCAGCUAGCAGUUCGUUUUUCGUCAUGGGCCUCAUAGGAUGGUGGACUUUCAUGCCUAAGUAUUUGGAAACGCAAUUCCGGCAAUCAGCCUCAGAGUCAAAUUUCGUUUCGGGUACGGUUGGCGUUAUAAGUUCCGGGGCGGGAAUAGCUGUUUCUGGUAUCAUCAUUACCAAGUUUAAACCGUCGCCCAGAAAAUUAGCAUUAUGGAACGUUGUCGUCGAGUUUCUGGAAGCCAUCGGGUUCUUUAUGUACGCUUUUAUUGGGUGCCCAGCAGACGACAUACACGGCCAUUGGAACGCAGACAAUACAUGGAACGUGACGAUGAGCUGCAAUUCCGACUGCAAUUGCAGUCCUUCGAUGGACUAUAAUCCAAUCUGCUCGUAUGACAAGUUAACCACGUUUUAUUCGCCUUGUCACGCCGGCUGUUCUCAAGUGGACACGAUAAACGGCACAAAGUGGUACGGGGGCUGUGAAUGCAUAGAAGGACUGGGCACGGCGUUUGAAGGUCUAUGUCCAAUAGACUGUGGCAACAACUUCAUAAUAUUCCUCUUUAUAAUGGCCGGCACAAGGUUUUUAUCAUCCACAGGUCGCGCCGGCAAUACGAUCAUCCAAAUCAGGAGCGUGGAGGAACAGGACAAGUCUUUGGCUCUGGGGUUCACUGAAGUGCUGGUUGCCGUCGUGGCAUUUUUGCCUGGUCCUAUUUUUUAUGGUACUAUAGUGGAUACGACUUGCAUAAUUUGGGGUUCCAAAUGCGGUUCUACGGGAAACUGUUGGCUGUACGACGGCAAACGCUUCAAAUAUUAUUUGAACUUUAUCAGCACCGGUUUUCUGAUCGUCGGGACGGCGUUGGACGUUGGCGUGUGGUACCACGUGAAAGGCUUGAAAAUAUAUGACGACGAAAAUGACAACACCAUUGAAGUGAAUAAAAACAGAAUUUCGGUAGAGAAGAGGGACAGCGCUAACGAUUUGAAAAUGAAGGAGUUGGGAAAGAUGGAAUCCAAAAAAGCGGAAUCCAAAGAAACCGCGGAGAAACAAUAAUUUCUUAAGCUGUUAUCAUCUUGUACAUAAUUUAAUACAUCAUAAUAUGUUAUACAUAAUUUAUAUUUAUUUAUAUGUAUAAUAUAUCGUUACGGUAAACCUGAAAUUUGUGUAACUAUUUUACAUCCUUUCUUACAUUUUGACCACGUAUCAAUUGCGGAAAUCAGAUAUAAAAUCAUUGUUAUUACCAUGUUUGUGAUGAGCGUAAAAUUCGUAUAUGACACAAUAAUCCUAUAAACGUCACCUAGAAGUUGUAGUAAUCAUUAGUAAUCAUUUUUAAUUUUAUAAUAUUUUUAAUUAAACUAUAUUGAU